AAGAGACUAGACCUGACUCGCAAAGUGAAAAUAUUUCGCAACUUUUUGUUUGUCGUGUGGACGUGUGGGAUCGAUGCUCUGACGCAGUUUUACCUUAAAUAUGGGGAUUCUUGAGAAAAUUGCUGAGAUAGAAGCCGAGAUGGCUCGUACGCAGAAGAACAAGGCCACUAGUGCACAUCUUGGUCUGCUUAAAGCUCGCCUUGCUAAGCUGCGACGAGAGCUCAUCACCCCCAAAGGGGGAGGUGGCCCAGCAGGGGAAGGUUUUGAUGUUGCAAAAACCGGAGAUGCAAGAAUUGGAUUUGUAGGCUUUCCCUCUGUGGGUAAAUCCACACUGCUCAGCAACCUGGCCGGUGUCUACUCUGAAGUAGCCGCCUAUGAGUUCACCACGCUCACCACCGUGCCUGGUGUCAUCCGCUACAAGGGAGCUAAGAUUCAGCUUCUGGAUCUUCCUGGUAUCAUCGAAGGUGCCAAAGAUGGGAAGGGCAGAGGCCGUCAGGUCAUUGCUGUUGCGAGGACGUGUAGUAUCAUCUUCAUGGUGCUGGACGUCCUCAAACCGCUCAAACACAAGAAACUACUGGAGCAUGAGCUAGAAGGCUUUGGCAUCAGGUUGAAUAAGACCCCACCCAACAUCGGCUUCCGUAAGAAAGAGAAAGGCGGUAUCAACCUGACCACAACCUGCACUCAGUCCACGCUGGACCUGGACCAGGUCAGGAGUAUCCUGGCCGAGUACAAGAUCCACAACGCCGACGUGGUCCUACGCAGCGACUCCACCGCCGACGACCUGAUUGACGUGGUGGAGGGCAACCGGGUCUACAUUCCGUGCAUCUAUGUGCUGAACAAGAUCGACCAGAUCUCCAUAGAGGAGCUGGACAUCAUCUACAAGAUCCCUCACUGUGUGCCCAUCUCGGCUCACCACAAGUGGAACUUUGACGAUCUGCUUGAAAAGAUGUGGGACUACCUGCAGCUGGUCAGAAUAUAUACCAAACCCAAGGGUCAGUUGCCGGACUAUGAGGCACCGGUCAUCCUGAAGUCGGGCCACCUAACCGUGGAGGAUUUCUGCAACAACCUACACAAGGGUAUCAUGAAGGACUUCAAGUAUGCAUUGGUGUGGGGAUCAUCUGUGAAGCACAACCCCCAGAAGGUGGGCAAGGAACAUGUGCUCAAUGAUGAAGAUGUCAUCCAGAUUGUCAAGAAGGUUUGAUGUCACGUAAGGGAUUCUUGGACUUACAUUUGACUUCCAAAUACUCAAUUCCCAAUUAUGCCUGUCCCUUCCCCCCCUCAAGUCUACCUUCCCCGCCCAUGGAGUUUUUCCCUCUACACUUUUGAUGAUGUGGAAGCAAAGUAUACUCCAGCCGGUAAAGAAAAGUACAGAAUAGUAUUUUUGCAUGGACUGGGACUUGCAAGCAGAUGUUAAGACAAAGCGCCCAUUGCCAAUUUUUCAUGUGGUUAGGGACAUCUAAUCUCCUACCACUAAACCAAACCUUUGAAACUUAAAAUAGGAUGUCUGGACCUCUUUCCUUAUGUUGAUGAUGCUUGGACGGGAUAAUUUUCAUUUUUUUCUGAUUUCAAAAUUCUUUACAAAUUCCUAUCUUCAUUUACUGGACACUUACA